AUGAUGGUUGCACUUUGUCCAAACAAUAACGAAGUUCAUAUCUAUAAAUCAUCACAAGACCAGUGGGAGAGGUUACAUGUCCUAGAAAAGCAUGACCAAAUUGUUUCUGGAAUAGAUUGGAGCUCAAAGUCCAACAAAAUCGUCACUGUUUCCCAUGACAGGAACUCGUGGGUCAGUAAACUUAUCCGGAAACGGCAUGAAUCUUCAGUCACAAAUGUUGCUUGGCAUCCUAAUAAUAUUCUUCUGGCAACAACAUCUACAGAUGGAAAAUGUCGGGUAUUUUCAACAUUCAUCAAAGGAGUUGACACAAACAAUGCUUGUGACAUAUAUAUUCCCUCCACCCGCUCAUCUAAUACUAGGGAGCUUUUUUCGGCCGUGUCAUUGUUGAAACAGCAAAUUCUUCAGCUUGAUCUUUCAUAUUCUUGGGCAUUUGGUGUGAAAUGGUCUCCAAGUGGAAACACCUUAGCUUAUGUAGGUCAUAGCUCCAUGAUUUACUUUGUUGAUGACGUUGGUCCUUCUCCUUUAGCCCAAAGCGUUGCAUUUAGAGAUUUGCCUCUUCGUGAUGUGGGUCAGCAUCCACCCUUGUUUUACAUUUUGAGAACCUGGUCUUCUCCGCGUGUCCUCUUUAUCUCUGAGAAAAUGGUGAUAGGCGUUGGUUAUGACAGCAACCCUAUGGAGCUUUAUAAGAUACAUAGGAGAGAAGAAAGCGGCAUCUUCAGGCUCCAGUUACAGUUCGCAGCAAGUCUGUUUUCCGAAGCAUUUGGGAAAUUCUACGGUCAAUCAAAGGCUGCAACGGCCAACGAUGCUUCUGAAUCCUCUAAAUCACGUGGAGGCGUUCAUGAUAACUGCAUAAAUUCCAUUGUACCUCUGAGCAAAGCAGGGAGUCCUAAAGUAAUGCGAUUCAGCACUUCAGGAUUGGAUGGCAAAAUAGCCAUAUGGGAUCUAGAGAACAUGCAAGAAGAACUUGGCCAUCAGUUUUAA